CACAUUGUUUUGCAUCCCAACAGGCCUCGUUCUGAGGACUUUCUAAGCCCCCCCCAGGCCCCCGCGCCCGGGACGUCUCGGACGCCGUCCACUCAUCAGCGUCCCAUUCAUCGCUUCCAGCCACAGCUGAUCAGCUGCCUCCCGGGUUCGGCGCGGCAGAUCCGCAGCUAUCUACCAUGAUCCGUUCGCAUCCGCGGUUGUAUACGAUGAACAACAGCUCUUCCCCGACCCCGGAAUUGCGUGCAGAUACUGAUGACGCAGCCAAUGGCAUGUCUUCAUCUGCUGCUGCCCCUCCACCGGCUCCCGAGAGUGGGCGAUCCUCACAGGCAGAGCGUGCAGAUGAUGAUGACGCAGCCAUGUCUUCAUUUGCUGUUGCCCCUCCACCGGCUCCCCGUGCUGCUGCGGAUGCAGUCGAAGAGAGCAAGCAGGUCCCGUCGGUCGCCGAUGAGGGUCCGGAGGCUUCCGAGCAGGAGGGAGUGUGGGGUGAGGAGCAAGAGGCUGCUGGUGUUGGUGAGGCUGAGGAGACAGACGCUGCUGGUGUUGGUGAGGCUGAGGCGCCUGUGCCGGCUCUUACACCUCCCGAGCCCAACCCCAAGCCGAGAGCGAUAGGCUCCAGGAAAACCAAGAGAACGGGGGGGCGGGCCAAGGGCAUUGGACAGGGACCAGCCAAGCGUGCCACCCGGAGAAGCCCCAGCACAGCGGCUACAGUGAAAAGUAAGAGGGCAAAUGAAAGGCUUCCCAGUAUACGCAGGAGGCACUUUUGGAGUCUUGCCUUGCGCUGCAGGCCAAGCGUUUCGAAGAGAGCGAUCAAGUACUACAUACACAAACCGGGCCAAUGCUGGGAGCCACCGGAUUGGUCAGACAUGCAGGGAUGAGAAACAAUCAAGAAAACAGGAGGGAGUAGACAUUCGAUCGUGUAUUGGGAGACAAUCAAGAAAACGGCAAAACACAGAAAAGCCGCCACCAUCCAAGAGGCCCAAGCUCGAGCACAGCGCAACACCAGCGACGGCAUUGCUUGAGGAGGGAGACAUGGCUCCAUCUCCUCGACUCGACCAGCAGUCUGCAGCGGAUGCCGAUUUUGGCGAGGAUCAGCGUCAGCCAUCUUGCAGAGUCAAGUUCGACCUUACUCAGAACCGUCAAACAGGUGUAUAUCAUACAGGGAGGGACCAGCUCAUCUACAUAUAUCAGAUCAGAUGCAUGUGUCCGUCUGUCUGCCUGUCUGUUGGUUCAGAUUUUGACAAAGACUUGCCAGUCACAACGAUUCAGAGGCCCUCCAGCAAUGGCAGCCGGCCAAACGCAGCCAGCCAAGCCACCACCACCGGAAACGCCGACGUAUUUCGCGUGCAUCGAACCAUGACGCCCCUCAAGUCUAUUCUGAAGAAAUCGGGAGGGAGUGGGCGAUCCUCACAGGCAGAGCGUGCAGAUAAUGAUGACGCAGCCAAUGGCAUGUCUUCAUCUGCUGCUGCCCCUCCACCAGCUCCCGAGAGUGGGCGAUCCUCACAGGCAGAGCGUGCAGAUGAUGAUGACGCAGCCAUGUCUUCAUUGGCUGUUGCCCCUCCACCGGCUCCCCGUGCUGCUGCGGAUGCAGUCGAAGAGAGCAAGCAGGUCCCGUCGGUCGCCGAUGAGGGUCCGGAGGCUUCCGAGCAGGAGGGAGUGUGGGGUGAGGAGCAAGAGGCUGCUGGUGUUGGUGAGGCUGAGGAGACAGACGCUGCUGGUGUUGGUGAGGCUGAGGCGCCUGUGCCGGCUCUUACACCUCCCGAGCCCAACCCCAAGCCGAGAGCGAUAGGCUCCAGGAAAACCAAGAGAACGGGGGGGCGGGCCAAGGGCAUUGGACAGGGACCAGCCAAGCGUGCCACCCGGAGAAGCCCCAGCACAGCGGCUACAGUUGAGCCAAUAGGCCGCCCACAGCGUCGCCGAACUGCACAGAAAGCGAUAAGUACUCUAUGAGGCACGGAUCCACUAUGUAUCGACAUUCACUUAAUUUUCGUUGUGGUGCAGAUAGAGGGUUGUUUAUACAGACACCAACAACGGGAUGGAGUACUGGGGCAUUAACAUGCGAAAAAGGUAAAAAUCAGUCUCCACACACCGCGGAAUGAUCCAAGACAUCUUCUCUUAAUUCUUGUCUCUCGUCGUUGGCAGGGGAAAAAGAUAUGUACCACUGGAUGCGGAGGGGGAGUGUGCUGAAGGGCGCAUACAGGAAAGCCUUUUUUCCGACCUAUGAUGGGUCGUUUUGGCUUUUCUUCAUGUUGAUUUGUGACAUGUUUGUCCUCCAGUCAUAACACAAUACGUGGCCAUUCAGUGAGUUCAUGUAGCAAUGUGGAUGAAAGCCGAUGGCUCACAACAUUAUUAAACAUCUGCUGCCAAGCCCUUGUUUGCCUUAAAGCUUUGUAUGUGUGUGAAGAGCAGGCAGUAUAGGCCGUAUGGUGCAAUACACAGAAGCCUCUCGUACAUAUAUACAAGCGAGACAUACAAUGAGAGAGAGAGAGAGAGUACUCUGACAUCGGCCGACGGAACAUAAGCCGAUUGUCACACACACACACACACACAGAGGUGCAUCUGUAUAUGUGUCGUGCUCCCAUGCACUUUCAGUCUGUCUCCUUGUCUGUCUCCUUGUCUGUCUCUUUGUCUGUCUGUCUCUCUGUCCGCCUGUCUGUCCGUCAGGCCUUCUCGUCUCGUGCGUGUGUGCGUGCGCGUGUGUUGGUGUGGCGAAGCUACGCGUGCGUGUGUCUUUGUAGUUGCUGUGGACAGAGAGAGACGUCGAAUGAAUGACUCUGCC